AUGGGGAAGAUCACCCUCUACGAGGACCGGGGCUUCCAGGGCCGCCACGAAUGCAGCAGCGACCACCCCACCCUGCAGCCCUACUUGAGCCGCUGCAACUCGGUGCGCGUGGACAGCGGCUGCUGGAUGCUCUAUGAGCAGCCCAACUACGCGGGCCUCCAGUACUUCCUGCACCGCGGCGACUAUGCCGACCACCAGCAGUGGAUGGGCCUCAGCGACUCGGUCCGCUCCUGCCGCCUCAUCCCCCACAUGAGUGCAGUCCGGCUCAGGAUCUAUGAGCAAGAGGAUUAUAGGGGCCAGAUGGUGGAGAUCACUGAGGACUGCUCCUCUCUUCACCACCGCUUCCACCUCAGUGAGAUCCACUCCUUCAAUGUACUGGAGGGCUCCUGGGUCCUCUAUGAGCUGCCCAACUACUGGGAGCGGCAGUACCUGCUGAGGCCAGGGGACUACAGGCGGUACCUUGACUGGGGGGCCAUGGAUGCUAGAGUGGGCUCCCUGAGGAGAACUGUGGAGCUCUACUGA